AUGUGCAGGCUUUUGUACAAACUUUACACCAUUUUCAUUGCUCAAUCAUCAAAAUUCAAAUCCAUUACUGCUGUCCUUUUCAUGAUGUCUGCAAUCCGCAGCUAUUUCAACACUUUGUAUCUUUCAAAUAUCCAUCACUGGAACGAAAGAAGCUCUAUACAAGCUCCGAUCGGCCCUAAGAGAUCAGAGUUCAACAAGGGAGCAUGGUCGACGGCUGAAGAAGAUAGAAGAUUGGCUGAAGUUAUAGCAGUUCAUGGUGCUAGAAAGUGGAGGACAAUUGCAAACAUAGCAGGUUUAAAUAGGUGUGGCAAAAGUUGCAGGCUGAGAUGGAUGAAUUAUCUUAGGCCUAACAUCAAGAGAGGAAAUAUAACAGACCAAGAAGAGGACUUGAUACAUAGGCUUCAUAAACUCCUCGGAAACAGGUGGUCUUUGCUAGCAGGGAGAUUACCAGGGAGAACUGAUAACGAGAUCAAGAACUACUGGAAUUCUCAUUUGAGCAAGAAAGUGAACCAGAACGAGAAACAAAGUGGAGCUUUGGCAAGACAAGGCUGCAAAGCUCAAAAGAGACUAGUGGAGAAUGCCAAAGAACAGGGUAGAGAAGAAAAUACAUCUGCCGGCUGUGAGGACUCGAAUAUCGACUUCGAUGUGGACGAGUUCUUCAAUUUCUCCAACGAGGACACCCGCAACUUGGAGUGGGUGAGCAGAUUUCUCCAAGUUGACGAGGGCUUUAACUGAAACUUCAUGGAACGGCAGUAACUUUUGUUUUUCGGUUUUUUUUUAUUUCCUAUGAUCAUGAUUCGUGAAUUUGAUGCAAUCCGUGUUGAUCUGUAAAACCUUGUUAUCCGUCGAUGAA